AAGGAUUCUACCAAAACAAAGGCGCAGGUUCGAAGAAGAAGCUCUGGACCCAAAAAGCCGUUCCAUUCCUUUCUCCCUUUAUUAAGGCCUUCCGUUUUGCCCCGCUCCCAGAACCAUGGCGUCUGCACACACCAAGGCGAUCCUUCGGCCCUCCGCCGCCAAGGCGGAGCUCGUCCCCCUCCUUCCUUCCCGGAACGCCGCCUCCUCGGUCUCGCUCAACGCGUCGUGGUCACGAUCUCGGUUUCUAGGCCUAAGGCUGGCCGAGGUUCCCAAUAUCUCAGCUUUACAUGGACGGAGGGGCCGAAGGGAUCUCCGGAUCGAGGCGUCUGCGGCGGAGGGAGCGAGGCCAACUGUGCUGGUGGCGGAGAAGCUGGGGGAAGCGGGGCUGGAGCUGCUUCGGGGAUUCGCGAACGUGGACUGCUCGUAUAAGCUCUCGCCGGAGGAGCUGUGCGCCAAGAUCUCGCUCUGCGACGCGCUGAUCGUGAGGAGUGGGACGAAGGUGACGCGGGAGGUGUUCGAGGCGGCGAAGGGGCGGCUCAAGGUGGUGGGGAGGGCCGGUGUGGGGAUCGACAACGUCGAUCUCCAAGCCGCCACCGAACACGGGUGCCUCGUCGUCAACGCGCCCACCGCCAACACCGUCGCGGCGGCGGAACACGGGAUCGCGCUCCUAGCCUCCAUGGCCCGGAAGGUGGCCCAGGCCGACGCCUCCAUGAAGGCCGGGAAAUGGCAACGAAACAAGUAUGUUGGUGUCUCUCUGGUGGGAAAGACACUGGCAGUUUUGGGGUUUGGAAAAGUUGGUUCCGAAGUUGCACGGCGUGCUAAAGGACUAGGUAUGCAUGUCAUUGCUCAUGAUCCAUAUGCCCCUGCUGAUAGAGCCCGUGCCAUUGGUGUGGAACUUGUAUCAAUAGAUGAAGCAAUAUCAACUGCUGACUUCAUUUCACUCCAUAUGCCACUCACUCCUGCCACUUCAAAGCUUUUCAAUGAUGAAACUUUUGCAAAAAUGAAAAAAGGAGUGAGAAUCAUUAAUGUUGCCAGAGGUGGAGUUAUUGAUGAGGAUGCCUUAGUGAGAGCACUCGACAAUGGCACAGUUGCACAGGCAGCGCUUGAUGUAUUCACUGAAGAGCCCCCACCAAAGGACAGCAAAUUGGUGCAGCAUGAGAAUGUCACUGUAACUCCACACCUUGGGGCUAGUACCGUGGAAGCUCAGGAAGGCGUGGCCAUUGAAAUAGCAGAGGCCGUCAUGGGUGCAUUGAAAGGCGAACUUGCUGCUACUGCUGUGAAUGCCCCCAUGGUUCCUGCUGAGGUUCUAUCUGAGUUAGCCCCCUAUGUUAUCCUGGCUGAGAAGCUGGGCAGGCUGGCUGUGCAACUAGUAGCUGGUGGAAGUGGCAUCAAGGGGGUGAAAGUGGUAUAUACAUCAGCUCGAGACCCUGAUGACUUGGAUACAAGAAUCCUCCGAGCCAUGAUAACAAAAGGUAUCAUCGAGCCCAUAUCCAGUGUGUUCGUCAACAUUGUCAAUGCUGAUUAUACUGCCAAACAAAGGGGCCUCCGAAUCAGUGAGGAACGGAUUUCCCAUGAUGGCUCUCCUGAGAUCCCAUUGGACUCGAUCCAGGUGCACCUGGCUCAUCUUGAAUCUAAGUUUGCCAGUGCCUUGUCUGAUGCUGGUGAUAUUAAAGUGGAGGGGAGGGUGAAGGAUGGCAUUCCACAUCUCACUCUUGUGGGAUCUUUCAGUGUAGAUGUGAGUCUUGAGGGAAACCUGAUACUUUGCAGGCAGGUUGAUCAGCCUGGCAUCAUUGGACAGGUUGGGAGGAUUCUGGCAGAAAACAAUGUGAAUAUCAACUUCAUGAGUGUUGGCAGGACUGCACCAGGGAAGCAGGCCAUUAUGGCUAUUGGGGUCGAUGAGGAACCCAACAAGGAGGCUUUGAAGAAGAUAGGUGAGAUACCGGCCAUCGAGGAGUUUGUGUUCCUUGAACUAUAGAGGCAAAGGCAUUCCUCUUUACACUUCCAUGAAUCCAGUAAUUUGCAUUGGGCAAGCUAUAAAUAAGUUCUCUGCUUGGAAAGCAUUAGCUUCAUCUGUACCCUUGGUAUUUGAGGUUCUUUGUGAGUGCAGUAUCUCUAGCCCUGCUAGGAAGUAGCAAAAUGGAAGAUUUCUGUGGCUCUUCUUUGGUCAGUGGCAUCUAUUUAUGUGGAGUCAACUUCUUGUAUAAUUGCGACCACUGUAGUCAGUGAUAUUUUCUUCUCCUGAUUGCGGCAUGCAUUCUUUGAGUAUGAGCCUUGGUGUAAGCAUUAUACUCAACUUUGUGUUAUUUGGAACAUUUUAGAUUGUAAUACCAAUAAUCAAAUGUUAUCAGUGCAUCUUUUCUGCUGAA